AAUGUUGGCAAUACUGAUUAUGACAAGACAUCGAGGAAAAAGCAAGAUGGCGAGUUCAUCUCCAGUUGAUGGUUCUCUGGUGAUAAUUCUCCCGUUUGAUGACAUAUUUUGAACUGAAUUUGUAAUGUGAUAUAUCGAAAAUAUAAUUUAAAGUUCGUAAUUCAUGCUAAAGUGUUCAAAAUAAUAGUGUUCAUAGUUAUACGUAGAUGUGUAUGCAACCCACCUGAGGAAUGUUGGUUUUUUUCAGUGAUUUGUGAUUCGGUCAGGUGUUUUCGUUUUAGUCAAAAUUAAAAUUUUGAUCUUGCGCAGUGAGUGAAGUUACAGAGUUCAGAUGUAUUUGUGCCGUGGGGAUGCUAUAUGUCGGGACUGUUUUCAAUGUCGGGAAACAAAAGCGUGAACUAUUUGUUUUGAUCGAUCGUGAUAAAAUAAAUUGAGAAGGUCGAGUGAAGAAAGAGUUUCGGCGGGAGUGAUGGCCUUCAGUGAGAAGGUCGACCCCGAGCUGAUCUUCACGAAACAAGAGAAGAUCGGCAAGGGCUCCUUCGGCGAGGUGUUCAAAGGCGUCGACAACAGGACGCAACAAGUUGUCGCCAUAAAGAUCAUCGACCUCGAGGAAGCUGAAGAUGAAAUCGAGGACAUUCAGCAGGAGAUUAUGGUGCUGUCACAGUGCGACAGCCCGUAUGUCACCAAAUAUUUUGGAUCAUACUUGAAGGGAACAAAACUAUGGAUUAUAAUGGAAUACCUCGGCGGGGGCUCUGCCCUGGACCUGAUGAAGGCGGGCAGCUUCGAGGAGAUGCACAUAGCGGUGAUAUUGCGCGAAGUCCUUCGUGGGCUGGACUACUUGCAUUCGGAGAGGAAACUGCACAGGGAUAUCAAAGCUGCUAAUGUACUGCUGAGCGAGAUGGGCGACGUCAAACUAGCCGAUUUUGGUGUCGCCGGUCAAUUAACGAACACAACAAGCAAGAGGAACACAUUCGUCGGCACGCCCUUCUGGAUGGCGCCCGAGGUUAUAAAGCAGUCGUGUUACGACAGCAAAGCGGACAUCUGGUCGCUGGGCAUCACCGCCAUUGAACUAGCCAAGGGUGAACCUCCCAAUUCGGAGCUACAUCCCAUGCGAGUUCUAUUCCUCAUACCUAAGAAUAACCCCCCGCAGCUGACGGGCAGCUAUUCGAAACCCUUCAAAGAGUUCGUCGAGGCGUGUUUGAAUAAGGACCCAGAAAAUAGGCCGACAGCAAAAGAGUUAUUAAAGUUCCAGUUUAUCAGGAAAGCUAAGAAGAAUUCGUAUCUAAUGGAUCUUAUAGAUAGGUAUAAGAAAUGGAAGGCGCAACGGAGCGAGGAAAGUGAGACAGAAUCAGAAAAUUCAGACUCCGAGGAGUGCGGGCGCGCGGCGGGCGAGGCGGACGAGCCGUGGAUCAUGACGGUGCGCGGCGGCGCGGCGGCGCGCGCGCUGCAGCUCCGGGACGCCGACAACAAGCACGAAGUGACACCGGCCGCAGUUUCGCCUAGUUCGGGCAAACAGAACGGCUCCCUGAACGCCAGGGAGGAAACGCCGCCCACCGACAACCACAAACCCAACAAUAAUAACGACAACAAGCCGCGACAGUCUUCAAACGUGCAAGUGCCGGAGCAGAGAGUGACUAAGGAGAAGGAGAGGAGUGAGCGAGACGAACGCAAGGAGAGGAGCGAACACCAGCCUUCCAACAGAGAUAGUGUAGUUUAUAAUAAAGCGGCACCGUUAGACCACAGAGGAGGCGACCGGACGCCCAACAGCGAGGAGAAAGUGCGAAAACACCCGUAUCUACAGCAGUUGAUUUAUCCGUUACUCAAUGAGCUGUCUCGCUCGCACGCGGGCGUGGCGGGCAGCGCGGCGGCCGUGGACGAGCUGCGCCGCGCCUUCGACAGCGCCGAGCGCGCCGCGCCGCACCUCACGCGCGCCUUCGUGCAGCAGGUGGUGCAGCGAGUGGCCACACAGUCCCACCAGCCGCCCGCACACAACGCCUCGUCCCAACACUGGAUGAGGUAAUCGUCAUGCAUUGCUGGGCCGGCAUCAGCCGCUACACUGCUGCAGCCUGUUCAAACAGUAUUGUAUUGUUAGGCAAUAACUAUACUACCCGCCACAUUGUCCAUAGCUCACCAACUCUCACUAAACACCGACUCACUGUUUAUUCGCUAAAUUUCACUAAAAAACCUAUUAAGGUCUAGUAUUUGAUUACGGAAUCUAAAGAAGAAGAAAAAAAAAUAUAUAUUAUUGCGCCACGUUAAUUGUCUGACAUUUAAAAUGAUAUCUUAAAAAAAAAAAUUGUAAUAAAUAUCAUUCCAAUUUAUUGGCCACACGAUCCAAGUCAAUAUGAGUGAUCAAUGUGUCUUCCUCUUGUUUAUUUAAAUGCUAAAUCAUUGCUCCUACCGACAUGUUCCGUUUACAAGCGCUCUGAAACUCUUUGUACUAUAGAUACUUUUUUUAUUUUAUUUUGAAUUUCUACCAGUUCCAUGCACUUUCAGUUUUAAAAAUUAUAUUAUCUCAUUUUUAUAGUAAUGAUGAAGUCAAAACAAUUGCCGUAAAUCCAUCUAUAAAGAAAUCUGACACUUCACCAAUACCAUCUUUUUGCAUCAGAAUGUGUGUAUAUCUAUUGAAGUACUAUGUUUUAACGUUUUCAAAUUAUUGAGUCGCAAACGAAUGGUGAAGCUGGAAUGUUGAUGUUGUUGAGUUUUCCGAGCGCCUAACGCUUUUCAAGUACAUUGAAAUUGAAUUGAGCUUGUAAAAAUAAAAGUGAAAACUAUGUAUGUCAUUUAUUAUUGACUGUGUUUUAUAAUUUGAAUUAUCUAGAACUGUACUAUCUUAAUUAUAGUGCGGCCGUUCUAUGUCGCAUUUGACGGUAAACUGGAGCGACAGAGACAGAUAUAUAAAUACUAUUUGACAGCCGUCAAAUGUAAUUAGAAUGGCAGUAUUUCCCUUACAUUUCCUUUCUGGUGACAUAUAAAUUCUGUAUUCGUUUAUUUUAUUUCCCUAAUUUAUUGUUUUCAUGAAUAUAUGUUGGCUGUUUUGUGAAUUUUAAUGGGCAUCAGUACAUAGGCAUUCUAGAGUUAACAUCAGUAUAUAAUUGUUAAAAUGUAUGUAGUUUAGUUGUUAAUAUUUCUGUUUGAACAGGUUAUAAAAUUAUGAAAAUUUCCGACAAAUAUUGCACGUUAAUUUUUAUUUUAAUUAUGUGUUUUGAACACGUGAUUCUUUUAAAUUUUCAAAGAUUUAUUUAAGAAAUUCAGUCGGCGAUUUUGGAGGGAGUUAAUAGUAUUUUGCGUCCGAUAGCAGUGUUGAUUAGAAACGCAUUGUAUGUGAAAUGUGUCGUGGAGCCGCAACCGAGUCACAAAGUUGCAAUGCCAUAGUGUAAUAAAGUGUAAUGGUAUAACGUAAUCGAUACUUAAGAUGGUUAUUAUGUCUUAAAAUAAUUUAUGUUAUGUACGUUAUGUAAAUAUCAACUGUUCGCAUAUUUUUCUCGUUCAGUUGUUACGCUAUUUGACUAAAAGUGGCAUGUAGACGCGGGUAUACUUUAAAAUAUACGAACAUAAAGGCUAGAGCAGUGAAUUUUAAAUUUAUUUAGUAAUUAUUCAAUUUCAACAUCUGUCAGUUUUAUACAAUGAUUGGUUAGCACGAUUUUUGGCCGGAAAUGUUGAUGAUGUAAGAUUUUUAUUCCACAAACCUUUAUUUUAUAAUGUCAUUGUUUAGAUAUUAUUCAGUUUGUCCCAUAAGUUGGAGCUUGAACUGAACGUAUACCUUCUGUUUUAAAUAAACUAGUAGCAAAUGUUUAUUUAUACUUUGUCGAUGACCAUUCGUUUGUAUUGCGGUAAAGCGGCGGGCGGCCGCGCGCUAAGAUUUCAUUGAGUCGUUUUAGUAUAAUUAUGUCAGUUGAAUGCUUGUGUUUGUUUUGCGACGGUAUUGGAAUUAUUAACUUAAAUAUUCGUGGAGAGCGGUUACGCUACACUUCGCCAAUAUUUUGCCAUAAUCUUUUCUAAAAAUAUUUUUACUAACGUGAAUUUUUGUAUAGUCGUGUUUUUCUUUUUUUGUGAUCAGUCGUCUAAAUUCUAACAUAGAAUAUUUAAAAUGUUUAAGAAAGCGUUUUGAAACUCGCUAUAGGAUGUGUUAUGUGUCAUUCCAGACAAAAGACAGCAUUGUCAGCAUUUAUAGAUUAUUGUUUGUGCUUGAUUCACCGUCACUUGUAGGAAUGUGAACUAAAUCCGUUAUGAAAAUUGUUAUAAAUUCCCUAGCUUAGUUGUCCAAACUUAGUUUUAAUUGUGUAUUCGGCUACUUACCGUUUUAAAUUUAUUAGUUACUAAUAUAUUUUGUUCUAAAAUCAUUUUUGUCAAACAUUAUUUAAAUAUUAUUUUUUAAUACAGUUGAUUUUUAGGCAAUGUUAAAUGGUAGGACUCGAGGGUGGACUCAUUAAAUUGGGGAUGUAAAUUAUUGGCACCAACAACCAUUCGGUGUCGAUUCAAUAAAACAUGCUUAAUAUGCGACAAUAUUAGCGAUCGGGAGUAUAUAGAAUAUAUUAUGAUGAAGACUACAGAACAAUUAUUAUUGCUGUGUAAAAAUGUAAACCUAUAUUAUAAAUGUGUAAAUUGUGUAGUAUAAUAUAAAAAAGCUGUUUUAUGAAGUGUUCUUAUAAGCAUAUGGAGAGUAGUUAUUAUCUUUCCAAUUACCUAACUUCGUGCAGUGGGGAGUGGCGCUCGCAGCAGAAUGUAGCUCCAGCAGCUGCCAGCCUUCUGCUCGUCGAGUGCGGUCGCCACUCCGACACUGCGUCGUGUUUUGCCUUGUAUUUUAGUUUUGCCAUGUCGACGAGCAUGGGAGAUGUUACGUUGAUAUCGAUGGAUCAAAAAUUAUUUUUCCACUUGAAGACGUAUGGUAUAGAGCGUGUAGUGUUAGAGGUGGGCGAUAAUUGUUGAUUAUUGAUUAAAAUUAGGUGUUCGUGCAUUGGAUCGUAGUUGAGACGCGUUGGCCAUCGGCGGGCGGACGGCUGGCGAACUGCCAGGCGUCCGCCGACGAUUAGAGAGCUGUUAUCAUCAUCAGAACUGAAGAAUGUUCAGGAUAGCGUCGUUUGGUUCAUGGGUAUUUGUGAUCAUAAUUGCAUAGUUGAUAAAAUAAAUUCUAUAUUAUUAUAAUAUAAAAGUCUGUAUCGAAACCGGUAGUUUUCAGAGUAGCUGUGUGUUGCCCGUGCGCCUCGUUUCGUCAGUGUGAGAGACGUGUAUCUGGAAACAGUCGUUAUGUUCCGAAUGCCAUUUUAUUUAAACGAUUCGUUAAUUCGCCUACUUCAGAUCCGGAAAAUCGAGUGCAGCCAUCUUUGGAAUGCUCAUUCGGAUUAUAAAUAACGUCAUUGAUAUCGGGCGCUAAUUAAAGGAUACGCGAAUGGUGCAAGAUAAGCACAUGUGGUCUCAAUCCGGCGAAACGCGGCGCCCGCGCAGCGCACAUUGAAGUAAAGUCACCGGACACACUCGUGCACCAAAAGCUAACCACGACGCUUGCCAUUGUAUAAUGGUCAAUUAAUGUUCAGCGUCUGUCAUUCUAACACGUUUAUGUAGAAAACAAAUUUGACUCUGAAAUAAAAGAAGUUAUUUAAUUUUGGAA